AUGGAUGAGUCUGUGGAGAUUGAAGGAGUGUUUGAUGAGAGAGUGUGUGUAGAAAGAAAGGUACUUUCCAAUGUGAUGAAUAAGCAGGGAGGAGGAGUGAAAAACGAGGAGAGAAGGAAGAAGGAGCAAAGCAAGGUUGUUUUUAAGGAUGUUGAUGAGAAUAUGAAUGGAGGUAGCGAGGCAAAGGAAGGAGAGAAUGUAAAAGAGGAAUGCAGUGCAAGAUGUGAGGCGGAUGCAAAGUCUGAGAUGCUUUUAAAGAUCGGAGCUGAGUUUGAAGAGCUGAAGGAAGCACACAGGAGGGGAUUGAUGGCAAGAGGGAAGCUAAUAAGAAGGAUGGAAAGGGAGCUUGAGGGGAUUAAGAAGCAGAUUGAGGCAGAGAAGAAGAAAGAGAUGGAAGAGUUCAAGAAGUGCUGUGAGGAAGAAUUUUUUGAAAGACGAAGAAAGUACAGAGAGAAAUGCAGAAAGAAGGUUUGUGAAUACAAGGCAAGUGUUGAUGAAAUGGUGAAGGCGUUAAUGGCUGAUGUAGGAAGCAAAUGCAGGGAGUUGGUUAAGGGGAUGUAUAGGAAAAGAGCAGGUAAUGGAUAG